AUGAAUGGAGCGAUUCCGUGCCAAAUUGCCAAGGAAUACCUAGAAGACAGUGAGGUGCAACCGAUCAACGAAUGUUCUCCUCCCGGUAGUGCCUCUUUCUAUAUCCCUGCGCGGAAGAUCAAAGCACUAUUUGCAGACACCCUCCAUAAUUUGACGACGGAGUUACUUUUCCUCUGUUCCUGCGCGAAAUGCAUAUUAGACGGCGGAUCAGUAGAGUACCGUUCUGAGUGCUUCAGCUGCUUCAACAAGCUUAAGCGGUGGGAACUGCAGGGGGAGUAUGCCCUUAUCUAUGCUUUACUUAUCUAUGUCCGCCGUCCGGGUCUGAUUCAAAAGUUCCAGAAGUAUGAGAUAAAGCUGGAAGGGACGAAGUAUCUCUGCGAUGCCGACUUCGAUAAGCUCCGUCGCGAGGGGAUUUCGGAUCUGGGGUUGGCACAAAGAAAGAUAUUGCAAUACCAGUACAGCUUUCUCGUACGAAAACUUCGACCCGCAUCCGAUAUCAUAUCAAUCCCGGCGAAAGAACUAUUGCCAAUCAAGGAGGAUAUAGAGCUGAAGGGAGAGGGAACGUUUGCAGAAGUCCGAUGCUUCGAAUUUCAAGACGACGAGUAUCGGUCGCGAGACUUUGGAGAACAUAUCACAAGGUUUGCUCGCAAGAUAUUCAAACAUGGCAUGCAAAAGUCUGCAGCGAAAGAAUGGUACAAUCUCCAGAGGCUUUCAAAGGAGGAAGAUCACCCGCACCUUAUGGUGGCUUUGGGAGCGUACUGGCACGGCAGUUACUUCUUCAUCCUCCAGGAAGAAGCGCAGCAAUCACUUCACGAAUAUCUCAAAGAGCCAGGUGACAAAUUCCAAUCCCAAGAACUCUGGACACAGAUACAGGGCAUUGCUGAAGGACUGAGCACACUUCACAAGCUUUACAAAGGAACCAAGAUAGCCUAUCAUCAGGAUUUAAAACCCGCAAAUAUCCUAAUAGUCAAGAAGAAGCUUAAGAUUGCAGAUUUUGGCCUACUAGAACUGAAACCGGUAUCAUUGCCUGGCGAUACCGAGAUGACCGGCAUCCCGAAUAAUCACGUUACUGGGUUCUACGCUGCCCCUCGCCAAGUCAGAUACACCCGAGAUUGCGAUAUAUGGUCACUAGGAUGCAUCAUGUCUGAAGUCGCAACUUUUGACAUCCACGGUCCAGAAGGAGUCAGCAACUACAAAAAUGCUCGCAUGGCCGAUGGAGCAUCGGGCCAUGACCCUCCACGCUUUUAUCGUGGACAAGACGUGAAGGAGUCGGUGCUCCUUAUGCAUACUCAGCUCUAUGAUCAUGUUCAAUCUGCAGUAUCAAAUGAUGGUAACGCGACAGCCCAGUUCCAGAGAGCCUUCUACAACAAAGAGUUCUUUGGACUCUUAGACGAAAUGUUCAAGCGCGAUCGUGUUUCCGCUGGUCUACUGGACGUUCCAGAUGACGGCAUAUUGCUCGAUGCAGCGCACAUCGUCAAAACACUCGAAAAAUUACGCAAAGAAGCUUUACCUACAACUGUGCUGGAUGAUGAGGUCGAACAACUUGACUUGGAACAGUAUCUUCAGGACGCAGAGUCGUUGGAAUCCUCGAUGAAAGCACAUCUUAUCGGUUUCGGGGAAGUCCUGACCCGGAGGAAUCGAGCAAGAUUUUCCGCUACGACUUUGACUGCCCUCAAGCAAUACAUUGUCAACUUGCAGCAUAUACAGCAUGCAGAGCGUCGCCAGCAAGGCCUUGCUCGUCUAGGCCCAUUUCUGGAGAGGCUCAGCGAGUUUGGCGACCUUAUUGCAAUCCUACCUAGUGUUGGGGAAAUUAUGGGAUUCAUCUGGGGCCCUAUGAGAUUCUUGCUUGAGACGACAAACUUCUGCACUGAUGCUUUUAAUGACAUCCUCGACAUUUAUGGACAGAUUGGAAGAGCUCAGCCCUCUCUUUCUAUGUAUAAAGAGUUGUUCCAGACUGAGGCAAGCCUGACUAAGAUCUUGAUUACGACAUAUCGUGAAAUCAUCGAAGUCAAUCGAUUGCUUGUGAUCUACUUUCAACAGCGCCUCUGGGCGGAGCUUUUCGUUACAACGUGGAAGCGGCAUAAGACUAGAUUAACAAACAUCAUAUCUUGCAUGAUAUCCCGCUUCAAGCUUGUCAGUAGCCAGGCAAUGUUGGGACAAUUCGAAACCCUUGUGACUACUUCUUCACGUGAAGAGGCGAGGUUGAACGCUGAAAGAGAUAGCGAGGACUUGGGCCGCAGACAUGCUGUGUAUACAUGGAUCAAACCAACUGAUAUGGAAAGUGAUCAAGAGUAUCUGAGGCGGAUUCGCCAUGCGUACCCGGGUACUUGCAGCUGGUUACUAAGCGAUGAGACCUUCCAAGAGUGGUUCGAACACCGAGAAAACAUCCUGACUGGUUCGAACUUAUUGUGGUUGAACGGAAAGCCUGGUUCUGGAAAGACAGUCCUUGCAUCCUUUGUCGUAGAGGAAGCGAGAAAGCUUGUAUCAAACCCUACGGUUUUGUUCUUCUAUUUCAGGAAAGAGGAUAGCGAUCGAAACAGCUUUCUUACCAUGGCUCGUACUUUGCUUUCACAGAUUCUCGAGCAAAACCAUUACACACUCGACUACUUUUACAGCAAGUGCUGUAGCAGUGGAGUCCCUGUGCUUAUGUCUCGUCUUCUCGUCGAGGAACUUUUGAGUUUUGCUCUACGCAAUUGCCAGUCUGCUUACAUCGUGCUUGACGGAUUGGAUGAAUGCUGCACAAGAAAAGAAAGAGGAGAGAUUGCGAGCUGGUUUCGAGACCUGAUUGAGAAUGGCCCUCCCGAGGUUCGCAACGGGCUUCAUUGUAUGUUUAUCAGCCAACACGACAGCGCCCGAAAAGACUAUCGCGAUCUUCCUAGUAUCACGGCAGACGACGACAACAAUGAAGAAGAUAUAGAAGCAUUCUGCAAGGCACAAGCUGAGAAGUUGGUUACGGAUCUACAAAUCGCAGAACAUAAAGCACAUGAGAUCGCCGAACACGUUUCUGCAGCAGCUGAAGGAGUCUUUCUGUUUGCUCAUCUCGUUUGGAUCAACCUCUGCGGUCAGAGCUCCAUAUACAGCUUAGAACGCGAGAUGGAGACUUUUUCGACUCACUUGGACACGUUGGACAAGGCUUAUUCUCGAAUUAUGCAGACAAUUAUUGAAAAACCUGUUGCUGCCCAACGGGAUGAGGCUCUGGAACUCCUUGGCUGGCUCGUCUAUGCAAAACGGUCGUUGAAAAUGCACGAAGUACAAACACUGAGAUCAGUUGACUUCGAGAAAAGAGCCGUGGAAUUCGAACGGAGACGACUUCGAGUUCACGUCAAAGACCUUUGUGAAUCGCUGGUUGAUGUUCGCGAAGAUGGGAGUAUCGAGUUGGUUCACACAACGGCAAAAACGUACCUAGCUAAUAGUGAUCUUCUCAACGACAUCACUGGGGAGCUCCCGAUUGCAACGCUCUGCAUCGACUACUUGAACUUGCCGUCGUUCCAGAGACCUUCAGAAGAGCAGAUGCUGGCCGGAGAAUAUGGUUUCAUGGAAUACUCCGUGCUGUAUUGGCUUCGCCACUUGGAGGCAGGUAUGAGCUCAACUCAUCCUGACCAGGACAACAUCUGCAUGAGCCUUACGGAAUCUCUUGAGGUGCUGGUUGAGCAAUACUGGAAUGAGCCAAGUGCCAGCGUUGCUUCCAGCUCGAGAUCAGCGUCUAAACGGACUCGGGAUGUGCUGCAGCAAUUUAGUCACCGCGAAAGCUUUCCAAAGCUUCAACUGGCACUCGUCUUGACUGAUAAAGAACUAAAGCACUUUGGGGACGUGCGCCCGGAAGAAUCUGCUCUCAGAAUCUUGGGCGUUGUGAAAGCCGUUCGUCGCUGUAUUGAGACGUAUAUUGUUCACAGCUCAAAUCUAGACGUGGCUAGAGCUUUGAGAGACAUGUACGGCAGUAACCUGUUCAAGUGCCCAAGAUUCAGCUGCAGGUACUUUACGGACGGAUUUACAACACUUGAGGAGCGCGAGAGACAUUUCCAACGACAUGUGCUCCCAGCUCGUUGCACUGAUGAACAUUGUAGAGGCUCUCAGAUCGGGUUUGCGACACAGGCACAACUGAAGCGACACCUCAGAGAGAAUCACCCGGACAUGACUGAACCUCACCACAACUUUCCAACAGAUGAGGAAAUCGUCGAAAGCAUGCGAGAAGUUUCACCAGAACCCGAAGUCGUAAUCGAGGACGAACCCCAGCUCGUUCCGGAAGUGCAACAACCAGUGGAAGUCCCUGACAUACCAGUCACUCCAACGCCGGAGCAGGCAGAGCCCCAGCCAACACAGCAAAGAGAGGUGGCUAAGCGCCUCAAAACUAAGCGAGAAUAUCGAUGUGCGCAUUGCGACAAGACUUUCACCAAGAAGUGGAAUUGGGAGUCACAUCUUAGAACUCACGGCGACAAUCAAAAAUUGCAAUGCCCCAAUUGCUACCGAACGUGCGCCAGGCAGGGUGACCUCGCUCGCCAUAUGAGACUUCACGACCCUGAUAGCGCAGUCAAAUGCGGUGGCGUACUUCCAAACGGCCGAAGAUGGGGAUGCGGAAUCAAUUUUGCAAGACUCGAUGUACUUCGCACCCAUCACAAGUCCAAAAAGGGCAGGAGAUGCGUUGCAGAAAGGGACAGCGAAGAGCAAUCCACAGCUUCGAGUGCAUGA